AAGAGUCAGAGGAGGCAGAGCGGAAAAGAGGGGAUUUUCCGUGUCGACCCACGGGGCUGCUAUCGCUCCGCCGUCUUAUGAUGUCGCCGAAGCAGGAUCCUCGUCGCCGGCAAAUCCAAGGCCGCCAUGUAUCAGUUGGUUCAGUUGCUAAACGAAAGCGCUCGCAAGUGGAUGUUUCUCAAACUGGCAAAAGAUUAGGAUAUUCAGGCUCAAGCCUUUCGGAGGAUAUCUGGCGUCAUAUAUGCUCCUUUUUGCCACUGAAAGAUGCUGCGCGUGCUGCGAGCGUGUCUCACUCCUUUAAACGUUUCUGGAGGUGCCAGCCCAACCUCACCUUCAGUAAGAAAACAAUGGGCUACAAGAAAAAUGCACGUAGACGGAGAAUAACAACAAGAGAUUACAACAGCAGAGUUGACCAUAUUUUGAGAAACCACUUAGGCACUGGUGUGAAGACACUCAGGCUUAAAUUAUAUGGUCUUUACAAUGCCGACACCAGAAAUUGUCUUGAUAGUUGGCUCCAGAUUGCUGUUACACCAGGCAUAGAAGAACUCAGCCUCAUAUUUUCAAAUAUUGACCAUUCAUCAAACGAAGCAAUCUACGAGUUUCCAUGCUCACUUUUAUCUAAUGGCAGUGGAAACACCAUUCGUGAGCUAGACCUUUUAGGUUGCGCCUUCCGCCCCACGGUAGGAAUCGGUUGCACGGGAAGCCUGACGAGUCUAUGUCUGUCUUGUGUGAAUAUUGAGAGUGAUGAGUUGGGGUUCCUUCUUUCCAAUUCUCUGGCUUUGGAGCGAUUGGAACUCAAGGAUUGCAGUGAGAUAUUUUCUAUAAAGAUACCUUCCCUGCUGCAGCGCCUCAGCUACCUGAUGGUGUCCGGUUGUUCCAUGCUGCAAGUGAUUGAAAGCGAGGCUCCAAAUAUCUCCACUUUUCACUUUUUUCAUGAUGAUGAUGUUUUUUAUGAUGACGAUGUUGAUCGACAAGUACAGCUAUUUCUUGGAGAAUCACUGCGGAUGAAGGAAAUUUUCAUAUCACAUUCCUGCGUUCUUCAUUAUGCUCUCGCCGUGCUCACAUCCAGUAUGCCGAAUCUUGAAACUCUUACUAUGUAUUCGUAUUACGAGAUGGUCAGUACACCAACGCUAGCAAGCAAAUUCCUCCACCUCAAGUAUUUGAAUAUUUCUGUAUUUGGAUGGAAGUUUGCCUCGACACCUCGGUAUGCGGACUAUGAUCUUUUCUCGCUGGUUUCUUGUCUCGACGCAUCUCCUUGCUUGGAGACUUUCAACCUGGAUGCACCAAUGAGACGCCGGGAGCAUGACUCAAUUUCUGAAGACCCCUCCUCACAAUUGGUGCGGAUUCCAGGACAAUGCUAUGCCAAUCUUAGGCAUGUGAAGAUCACUAAAUUCCGCUCCACAAAGCUAUUGGUUAAGCUCACAUGUCAUAUUCUUGACAGCACACCGUCGCUCGAGUGCCUCACACUGGACAUAACUGAUGGUGGGCCGACUUGUUCCGAGCUUGACAGAUGCUUUGUGGGCAAACAAACUUUUAUGGAAGCCCCUAAAGCGCUUGCGGCUAUCCAGACUUACAUCGAGGGAAAAGUUCCCUCCACGGCUAAGUUGAAUGUCGUGGAGCCUUGCAGCCGAUGUCCUGCCCUUUGACUUGCAAGGGAGCUAACUUGGGGCGUUCCUGAUGAAGAAUCCGGCGAUGAGUGACAAGAUCCAGGGCAUUGCUCCCUUGUGAUGGGUGGGUGCCCUUGGUUAGGCCUUCCUUUAUUAUAGUUUAAGGUUAUGUUGAGACUAGUUGUACGGCUGAGAUAUGGUAGUUUUGCCCCUUGCGUUGAUUUCUUGUUAUGGAUGUUGAACAUGGAGUUUGUGUCUGGUUUGGUUUCGUUUUAAAUCCCCU